AUGUUUCUCUAUAAUUUAACGCUUCAGAGAGCUACUGGCAUAACACAUGCUGUUCAUGGUAAUUUUUCUGGUACAAAACAACAAGAAAUUGCUGUUUCUAGAGGAAAAAUUCUGGAACUUUUAAGACCAGAUGCAAAUACAGGAAAAGUACAUACAUUACUUACAGUUGAAAUAUUUGGAGUAAUAAGAUCGAUGAUGGCAUUUAGAUUGACAGGUGGUUCUAAAGAUUACCUCGUGAUUGGAUCAGAUUCUGGUCGAAUUGUGAUACUUGAAUACAUUCCACAAAAAAAUAUUUUUGAAAAGGUUCAUCAGGAAACUUUUGGUAAAAGUGGUUGUCGGAGAAUUGUUCCAGGACAAUAUUUAGCUAUUGAUCCAAAGGGUAGAGCUGUCAUGAUUGGAGCUGUUGAAAAACAAAAAUUAGUAUAUAUUUUGAAUCGUGAUGCAGCUGCACAUUUAACCAUAUCUUCUCCAUUGGAAGCCCACAAAUCCAAUACAUUAGUAUAUCAUAUGGUGGGUGUUGAUGUGGGUUUUGAAAACCCAAUGUUUGCAUGCUUAGAAAUGGAUUAUGAGGAUGCUGAUAGCGAUCCUACUGGAGAAGCAGCUCAAACAACUCAACAGACAUUAACUUUUUAUGAACUUGAUUUGGGGUUAAAUCAUGUAGUCAGGAAAUAUAGUGAACCUUUAGAAGAACAUGGAAAUUUUCUUAUAUCAGUUCCAGGUGGCAGUGAUGGUCCUAGUGGAGUUUUAAUUUGUUCAGAAAAUUAUAUAACUUACAAAAACUUUGGUGAUCAGUUAGAUAUUCGAUGUCCUAUUCCAAGAAGAAGAAAUGACCUUGAUGAUCCAGAGAGAGGUAUGAUAUUUGUUUGCAGUGCAACUCAUAAAACCAAGGCAAUGUUUUUCUUUCUUGCACAAACUGAGCAAGGUGAUAUUUUUAAAGUUACUUUGGAGGCAGAUGAAGAUAUGGUUACAGAAAUUAAACUGAAAUAUUUUGACACAGUACCUGUGGCUUCAGCUAUGUGUGUUUUGAAAACUGGAUUUUUAUUUGUUGCCUCUGAAUUUGGAAAUCACUAUUUAUAUCAAAUUGCUCAUCUUGGUGAUGAUGAUGAUGAGCCAGAAUUUAGUAGUGCUAUGCCACUGGAAGAAGGUGAUACAUUCUUCUUUGCUCCUCGUCCACUUAAGAAUCUUGUUUUGGUAGAUGAACUUGAAAGUUUGUCACCAAUCAUGACUUGCCAUAUUGCUGAUUUGGCUAAUGAAGACACACCACAGUUGUAUACUGUAUGUGGAAGAGGACCAAGAUCUUCAUUGCGUGUUUUGAGACAUGGAUUAGAAGUAUCAGAAAUGGCUGUUUCUGAGUUACCUGGUAAUCCUAAUGCUGUUUGGACUGUAAAAAAGAAAUCUGAUGAUGAAUAUGAUGCAUAUAUCAUUGUAUCAUUCGUUAAUGCAACUCUGGUAUUAUCUAUUGGAGAAACUGUUGAAGAAGUUACAGAUUCAGGAUUUCUUGGUACCACACCUACACUCUCUUGUGCUCAAAUUGGUGAUGAUGCUUUAGUUCAGAUAUACCCAGAUGGAAUUCGUCAUAUAAGAGCAGACAAAAGAGUAAACGAAUGGAAAACUCCUGGAAAGAAAACCAUUGUAAAAUGUGCUGUUAAUCAAAGACAAGUAGUUAUUGCUUUAACUGGUGGAGAGUUAGUUUAUUUUGAAAUGGAUCCUUCUGGUCAACUAAAUGAAUAUACCGACAGGAAGGAAAUGUCAAUUGAUGUAAUAUGUAUGGCACUUGCUAGUGUUCCCAUUGGAGAACAGAGAUCUCGUUUUCUAGCUGUUGGCCUUGCAGAUAAUACUGUCAGAAUCAUAUCUUUAGAUCCUUCAGAUUGUCUUUCUCCACUUAGUAUGCAGGCAUUACCUGCAACUCCUGAAUCAUUGGCUAUUGUUGAAAUGGGCGGUUCUGAAGGUGGCACCAGAGAUACAAGUGGUCAAGGAAUAUUAUAUCUCAAUAUUGGAUUACAAAAUGGAGUAUUAUUAAGAACUGUAUUGGAUCAAAUAACAGGUGAUUUAUCUGAUACUAGAACCCGUUAUCUAGGAUCAAGACCGGUAAAGCUGUUUAAAGUCCGGAUGCAGGGAAGUGAUUCAGUAUUAGCAAUGUCUAGUAGAUCAUGGCUGAGCUACUAUUAUCAAAACAGAUUUCACUUAACUCCAUUAUCUUAUGAGACAUUAGAGUAUGCAUCUGGAUUUUCAUCAGAACAAUGUCCUGAAGGGAUUGUUGCUAUUUCCUCUAACACACUGAGAAUUUUGGCUUUGGAAAAAUUGGGAGCUGUCUUUAAUCAAGUUUCAACCCCCUUGGAAUAUACUCCUCGAAGAUUUGUGAUUCAACCAGAAACUGGUUAUUUAAUUAUUAUUGAAACUGAUCACAAUGCCUACACUGAAAAGACUAAAGUUCAGAGAAAGCAACAAAUGGCUGAGGAAAUGGUUGAAGCUGCUGGUGAAGAUGAACAAGAAUUAGCAGCUGAAAUGGCUGCUGCUUUUCUAAGUGAAAAUCUACCUGAAGCUACUUUUGGUGCACCUAAAGCUGGACCUGGAAUGUGGGCCUCAGUUAUUCGUAUCUUAGAUCCCAUUGAAGGAAAAACUAUUCAGAAAAUUGCUCUAGAACAAAAUGAAGCUGCUGUUAGCAUUACCUUAGCAAAGUUUGCAAAUCAUUGUGAUGAAAUAUUUGUGCUCGUUGGAGUGGCAAAAGAACUACAUUUAAAUCCUCGUCAAAGCAAUGGUGGUUCUGUUCAUACAUAUAGAAUAAAGGAAGAAGGACAUCUAGAAUUAGUUCAUGCAACUCCUGUUGAUGAAGUGCCAACUGCAAUAUGCCCAUUUCAGGGGAGAAUUUUAAUUGGUGUUGGCCGCUUGUUAAGAAUAUAUGAUUUAGGAAAGAAAAAAUUACUUAGAAAAUGUGAAAAUAAGCAUAUUCCUAAUUUAAUAGUAACCAUUCAUGCUGUCGGUCACCGUGUAAUAGUUGGAGAUGUACAAGAUAGUUUCUUUUAUUUACGGUAUAAGCGUCAAGAGAAUCAACUUCUUGUUUUUGCUGAUGAUACAAAUCCCAGAUGGGUUACUUCAGCUUGUCUGUUGGAUUAUGAUACUGUUGCUGGUGCUGAUAAAUAUGGAAAUAUAUCUGUUAUUCGUCUUCCAACUGUUAUAAGCGAUGAUGUAGAUGAAGAUCCCACGGGUGUUAAAGCUUUAUGGGACAGAGGUUGGCUUGGUGGCUCUUCACAAAAGGCAGAAGUAAUUGCAAAUUUUCAUGUUGGUGAAAUUGUUCUGUCAUUGCAAAAAGCUACCCUCAUUCCAGGAGGAAGUGAAUCUUUAGUUUAUACGACUCUAUCAGGCACUGUUGGUGUUUUAGUUCCAUUUACAUCUCAUGAAGAUCAUGACUUUUUUCAACAUUUGGAAAUGCAUAUGAGAUCAGAAAACCCACCUCUCUGUGGUCGAGAUCAUUUGUCUUUCCGAUCAUACUAUUUUCCCGUUAAGAAUGUAAUUGAUGGAGAUUUAUGUGAACAGUUUAAUUCAUUAGAACCAGCAAAACAAAAAAGCAUUGCUGAAGAUUUGGACAGGAAUCCCAGUGAAGUUUCGAAAAAACUUGAAGAUAUCAGAACUCGAUAUGCAUUCUGAAGUACAGAAUGUUUUGAUUUUAACUUCAUUAUUUUAUAUAUUUAUAAUUUCAAUGAUCACUGUAAAAUAGAAUGCAAUUUUUAUCAUGAUAUU